AUGGCGGAGCGUGCGCUGUUCGGGGGGCUUCGUGCAGCGCUCGAGAGCCAUGGCGCACAGGUCGCCACCGACGCGCAGUCGCGCACGUCGUUUGAGAAGAACGUGACACACCUCGUCACCGAGUCGCUGCACUGCGCGCAGGGGCGCUGGUGCACGCCGCUCGCGGAUGCCCAGUGCGCAAGGGAUGCGUCGCACCCGUGCGCAGUCACCCCGCUGUGGGUCACGCGCUCGAUCGCGCUGCGCCAGCUGCAGCCCGAGGGCCUCUACUCGCCGGAUCCCCAGCGCCUCUUUUCGGGGGUGGUUGUGAGCUGCGCGGGAAUGUCGCCGCACGACCAAGAGAUGAUCGCUGCGGCGGUCGAGUCGCUCGGUGGCGCGGUGAAGCAGACACUGUGCGAAGAGGUGACGCACCUCGUCACCGCGUCGCGCGACACGUCCAAGGUGCGUGCGCUCGAAGAGCGGCCCGACAUUCGCAUCGCGGUCGUCGCACCACAUUGGGUCAAUGAUAGUUUUCGCCUGAACCGCCGCCUGCCGCUGCGCGACUUUGUGUUUGACCUGAACAAGCCCGACGCGCUGCCGACGUGCAUGUGUGCGUCGUGGGACCGUCCGCAGGACGUCCCUUCUUCGCCGUCGCACUCGCCAGACGAUGCAGGCGGCGCGGUGCUCGCGGGAAAAAGGGUGCUCUUUGCACGCGACAUCCACGGCGGCGCACUCGAGUCGCAUCCCGAGCUGCACUCGCUGCGUGAUCGCGUGGUGGGCGCCGGCGGAACGUGCCUCGAGACGCUCGCCGAGGACGCAAACGACGCGGCAGUGCAGCAGGCUGUGCGCGAUGCGGACCUGGUCGUGGCGCGCUUCCGCGAGAGCCGCGAAUUUGGCGCGGCGAUGCGCGAGGACACGACGGUCGGCACGCUCCCGUGGCUCGUGCAGAUCCUCUCGAAAGGGCGCAUGAGCUCGCCGCGCGACCGUCUGCUGCACUUUCCGUACCCCGAGAGCCCGGUACCGGGCUUUGACCGCCUGACGGUGACGAUUACCAACUACUCGGGUGCGCAGCGUACCUACCUCAAGGACCUGAUUGCCAAGAUGGGCGGCACCUUUACGCCGCACAUGACGCCGUCGCACCAUGUGUGCAUCGCGCUGGACCUCUCGGGCGAAAAGGUGCUCAAGGCGCGCGAGUGGAACAUUCCGAUCGUGAACCACAUCUGGCUCGAGCAGUGCUUUGCGACGUGGACGAACCAAAACCUGGCACAGAGCCAGUUUAUUACGUUUCCGGGCGCCGCGCAGCUCAAGGCAGUCGUCGGCCAGGCAAGUGUGCCGGACGCGAGCCUCAAGCCGUGGCUGGUGACGGCCGAAGCCGCACCAGAGCCGGAGCGGUCGCAGGCGACGCCGGAGCCGGAGGAGGAGCCGGAGACGAACGAUACCCCGACGGCGGAUACCCCUGCGAAUGGCCGUGUGACGAGCGCCGUCGAUGAAAGCGUGCAAGAGAUUGUGGUGGAUGGGCAAGGAAAAGGGAAAGGGAAGGAGGCGGAGACGGAGCGUGAUGAGCCUAUUGAGGAAGGCGAGGAGGGCGAGGAGGGCGAAAAGGGCGAGGAGUACCCUGACGUGCCCGAGCCCAACGAGGUCGAGCCCGAACACGUCGAGCCCGAGCAUGUUCGUGACGCUGAGCAGGCCGAGGUCCACGAGCGCGACGAUAUCGAGCCUGAGCACGUCGAACAGGAGCACGUCGAACCUGAGCACGUCGAACCUGGACAGGAGCACGAGUCCGAGCACGCCCACGACACUGCCGAGGACCUUACCAAAGAAUCUGUCCAUCCUGACGCUUCUGCCGACCCUACUAGCCCUGCUGUGCAGGACGCCAAGGCCCUUCACCCCGACGCCGACCAGUCGGCCGCCGCUUCCGAGCCGUCUCCUGUGGCUCCUCAGCCAGACGCCUCUUCUGCACGCCCCUCGGCGCGCCCAACUUCGCGUCCUUCGCUCCCCUCGGACGAGCAGCUUGCCGAGGCCGAGCUGGGCGUGCACACGCCCGCCCGCUCCAAGCGCAAGUCGGACACGGGCGAGCGUCGUGCGACGCCGACGUCUGCGCGCAAGCGCGGCAAGGUUGAUGGCGUGUGCCUUGCGACGACCUCGGUCGAGCUCAAGCCGAACACGCUGCAGGUCCUCGAUGCGCUGCAAGUGACGCGUGUCGACGAUGUGUCGCAGGCGACGCACCUUGUCGCCAAAGGGCUUACGCGCACGGAGAAGAUGCUGUGUGCCAUUGCCCUCGGCACGGUCGAGAUCGUGUCGGUGGACUGGCUGAAAGAGGUGGUGAAGCGCAAAGCGCUGGUCGAUGCCUCGCGCUAUGCGCUGGUCGACCGUGAAAAAGAGGCCAAGUGGAACAUGACGCUGUCGAAUGCGCUUGCGACGAGCCGUGCGGCGCCCGGCGCGCUGCUGGAGGGCCACACGUUCUACCUCGGCAAAGGUGUGCAGCCCAGCAAAGACGUGCUGCGCCAUGUCAUUGCAGCGGCUGGUGGUCAGGCUGCCUCGCUGUCGAGUGCCUCGGCCAAGGUGCUGGUCGCCGAUGCCGCCCACCACCACGUCAUUGGCUCGCGCGAGGAGGCGAAGCAGCUCGGCGCGCUGCGUGAGCAGUGUGCCAAGCACGGCCACGUUUUGCCGCUCUGGACGCCCGAGCUGAUUCUCGCCGGGGUCCUGCGUCAGGACAUGCAGUGGGACGAGGAGUAUGCGCUGCAUCUGUAG